UCUAGCAGAUAGGCUCGCCCGUAGAUGAGAAAAUGAAACUGUCCGUCCGAGGCAAAAAGCCGUGACGCGCCAGAAAGGAGUUGUUGUUCGCCGAGAUCCACCCGAGCGAGUGUUUUUGCGAUAGGGACCACCAGCAUGUACCCUAACUCACACCCGGCUCAGACGCUGAGCAGUCCGUACAUGACGCCGGCGUUUGGAGAUUUCACCGGUUAUCAUCAUGUCGCGGGAUUUGGGGACCAUAAUGGCGCGUGGACCCCCCAGUACGCAACUCAGCGGGAUGAAUGGUCGGUGUACGGUCACAGUAUCGCGGGUUCGAGUCCCGGUGCCGGACAUGUCGCUUUCAGCUCCCCGGAUUUGUUCGGUAUGCCUUCCGCCUCUGGAGGGGGAUCACAUCCUAUCACCUCAUACAACUUAACUCCGGGGCAGGACUCGUCAAACUCCAAGGGAGAGAAAUCAUAUGAGUCCAUAAGACACAGUGGGCAUCCAUCAGUUUCAGGAGAGAAGACUCGCACUAAAGACAAGUACAGAGUGGUGUACACUGACCACCAGCGCUUGGAGCUGGAGAGGGAGUUCCAGUAUAGCCGCUACAUCGCCAGCGGCAGGAAGGCUGAGCUGUCCCUGGAGGUGGGCCUCUCAGAGAGACAGGUCAAGAUAUGGUUUCAGAACAGACGUGCCAAAGAGAGGAAGUUAAACAGGAAGAAGUUACAGCUUUCUCAACAGGCCUCCACGACUACUACCACCUCUCCUGUGCUGACUGGCUGCACCAACGCCAUCAUGCAAACCAGCAACAUUUUGUCAGAUACAAUAUCAAUAGCAGUCAAACAGGAAUUCUAAAGGAAUGGCUGCAUAUAGCACUGGAAUA